GUUAACAACAUCGGUAUUACGGUUUAUCGCGCUUAAAGAGCUUGUUGUUAUUGUUCAACGUAUUUUAAAGCGCCGUUGUUUUGGUUUUUUAAUGAUUAAUGAAGUGAUUGACUUAAAACAAAAUACCUACACCUACCUUAAUAUUGUAUUUAAACAAUUAUAGUGGAGAAAAACAUAAACAAAAAAAAUGGAAAAUGUUUAAAAUCAAAGCAAAGCGGCAUCAUUAACACAAUUUUUAGAAAUAAUGCAAAUAUAAACAUGUAGCACAGUUCUUUAAUUAUAAUCGUGAAAUUCCCAUUGUGAUGACAAGCAAAUAUGUUGUGUAAUAAAAACCAUGGUGACAACAAUCAGAAUAACCUGUGAUGGUGUAUUCAUACAAUCCAAUUCAUUUCUAACUUCGUCAUCUGCGGCUACAACAACAUCGACAACAACAACAACAUCAUCAGAUAGCAAUAUAGCAUCUACCACUACAUCUUCAAAUGAUAUCGAUAACACGUUAACGCCUGCCAUCAGCGAUAAAGAUCGUUCGGAAAGUAGCAGUUUAGAUUAUGAUGCAAAACUAAAGGGGGAAACACAAUAUCCAAAUAAAACAGAGGAAUGUGAUAGAAUAAAUACAACAAAAUCGGGUUCAUCAGGAUCUGCCUCGUCAGUUAUAUCAACUUUAACAACACGCAAUUUAACGGGCAGUCCCGGCUUAAGGCAAAAACGCCCACGUACUCCUAAAACAGAUAACCGCCGACGUUACUAUUUCGGUAGCAAUAAAGUAUAUUGGUGUAAACAAGCAUUAUUAACUGCUGCGGCGACAUCGCCAAUAAACGAGCUUGAUAAUGGUAAUAUUGAGGCGACCAACUUGACAGUUGCGCCCCCUAGACAUCGUGUUAGUCUAACACGCAGUGCUAGUUCUGUAACAGACAAAGAAUUACAACAUCAAAGGUCUGCAAAAUCAAAUAGUAAUGCUGGUAUUGGUCGGGCAGUAAGGUCUCAUAAACUACUAUCAGCCAGCAAUAGUUUAAAUGCUGUUAUAGCCAAUAAUAAUGGAUCCAAAUUCAAUUUAAAAGAAUUUUACACAUUCAACAGUAAACUUAAUAAUCCCGCCAUAUUAAGCAACAUCCAUAACAAUAGUAAAAAUAGUACUAAUGCUAUUUAUAAUAAUAGUCGCAAUGCCAAAUAUGUGGCAACUCCUAAAACUAUAUCAGGAGGUACCUCAAUAUUUUUGGUAAAUGGUGGUGGCUUCAGCAUCAGUUCCUCGGCCUAUAACUCGUCCAACAAGAACACAACUGCGGACACUAGACUAUUGAGUUUUCUACGAUCUGCGCGCAAAUUAUAUCGCAACAGUAUUCGAUUGAGCCAUGCUUCAUCAAACCUAAAACCCCAUCAAAAUGAUAUUACAACCAAGGAUGAGAUCGAUUCGGCAACAAGUAAAAAAUCACCAAAACAACGACAACAAGCGGUUAAUGACAAUGAGAGCUGUAAUGCAAACGAUUCUUUGUCACCUUUAAAGCGAGACACCUUAAGACAGUCCUACAUAUAUGGCAUCAAAAAUUUCUCCAGCAACGAGAACAAUGAAAAAAAGGCAACUUUAGCUGAGGAAUGGUUUGAUGAAGACGCAAUUGCCGAUAGCAAGGAAAAUGCAAAUCCUCUCAGUGACAGAUUAAUAUCAUCUGACGUUGUAGAUAGCUCACACACAAAGCAAAUAGAUAUAAAAUCACAAGACCAAACCCAAUCCAUCCAUGAUAAAACGGCAGCAGGCAUCAACAAUAAACCAACUACCAAUUCAACACAUAGUAAUAGUCGUACUUAUAAGGACAUUGCCAAACUAAAUGCAACUGAUGUAGAUAAGAAGAAUCUAGAAGCCAAAUACUCCACAUACACAGUGUCGAAGGAGACAACAAAAGUUGACACCAACGAAACUGCAUUAACGACGACUACGACAACCAAGGACGCUGCAGUUGUACAACAAACUUCCGGAGUAAAAGAGCUCACAGGGAAUAGCUGCCAUAACAGCAGCAGUAGUAGCAGCAACAACGAUAUCCUAUCGCAGCCCUCUGCUGCGCAUUGUAAUGCAAAUACGACCGUUAUGAAUAGUCACGCAACUGCUACACAGAACGGACAAACAACAGUGGUUGGUCAUCAUCGCGGUUUCUCUCAGCCAACAGUAACAGUAGCAACAUCAAGUACGGGCGGUGAUCCAUGGUUUUUACAAUCAACAGGGCAUCAAAUGCCACCUACAGCUCCCUUGCGUCAUAAUAAGAGACCAGCACCGCAGCCAGCAACAGCGGCUGGAACAACAAAUCCCAACAAUUUGCUAAUUAACAACAGCGGUGUUGGCAGUGGUAGUGGAGUUGGCGGUGGUGGCGGCGGCAGCAGCGGUGGUAUCAUCACCAGCAAUAUUACCCUACAGCAACAAUUUAGCCAAUCCCAGCCCCAUAUUGUAGCACAAUCAGCCAAUUUAUCAACGACAUCGCAUCAUAACAACGUGAAUCAACAUCACAAUGCGAUUCACUUGUCCUCGCAUGCACUUAAUAGUCAUAAUUUAAUAACAAAUGCAACCGGUGUUGGCAGCGGCGGCGGUGGUGGUGGUGUUAUAAGUGCCGCUGCCAAUCAUUCACCCAAAUCGCCAAAUCAACAUCCACAACAGCCACACUCUCUAAUGUCAACAUUUGCUCCUAUCGGAUCAUCGGCAACAUCUUCAGUCACCGCAGCCGCAGUAGCCAGUGUUACACAGCAACAACAACAACAGCACAUGCAAUUACUUUCAGCUGCAGUGGCGGCCAACAAUUGCAACAACAAUCUAAUGUCGUCUUCAUUAAACGCUGCUCACAGUGCACUUUCGCUGCACGAACGUGGUCUACCACCCAAAGGCAUGGGCCUAACGGCAAAUGCUGGCGGCGGUAGUAACAUGUUACUUCAUACGCAACACCCUGCCCAACAACAUCAUCCUAGCCAAGCGUCAUCGUUAGUGAAUCCAACAACAAAUGCAGCUGCGGGUAUGACAACGUCCUUGCAUAGUUUUGACAUAAAUGGCGCAGUGACUAACAAUCCAGCUGCAACAACACAAUCCUGGACCACACCAUCAUUGUCGCCAACGACUGGUAUGGCGCCUAACCAUCAUGGGGCCUCAUCGCUGCAUGCUGGCAGUGGCGGUCAUCAACAACUGGCGCACAAAAAAUGUGAAGUUAAACUCAAUGCAAUGCCAUGGUUUCAUGGCAGCAUAACAAGAGACGAAGCCGAACACUUAUUGCAGCCCCGUGAAGAUGGACUCUUUCUGGUGCGGGAAUCCACAAAUUUUCCCGGAGACUAUACACUUUGUGUGUGUUUUCAGGGUAAAGUUGAGCAUUAUCGUGUGAAAUAUUUGGAGAAUAAAUUGACCAUUGACGAUGAAGAAUAUUUCGAGAAUUUGGGUCAACUAGUAGCGCAUUAUGAAGCAGAUGCUGAUGGUCUGUGCACCCAACUGAUAAAAUGUCUACCGAAACAGGGAAAACAGGAGUAUUGCAUCAAUUCAAAAGAUUUUAUCGAUAAGGGUUGGGUUAUACCCGAAGCGGAUCUGCAAUUGCGUGAGAGUAUAGGUAAAGGUGAAUUCGGUGAUGUUAUGUUGGGUAUUUUACGCAAUGAAAAAGUGGCUGUUAAAAUGUUGAAGGAUGAGGGAGCUGUACAAAAGUUUUUGGCCGAGGCUUCUGUUAUGACAACAUUGGAACAUGAAAAUCUUGUAAAGUUCAUUGGCUUAGUAUUUACUAGCAAACACAUUUAUCUGGUUACUGAAUAUAUGAGCAAAGGAUCACUGGUUGAUUAUUUAAGAUCGCGGGGACGACAGCACAUAACUAAGAAAGAUCAAAUAAAUUUUGCUUAUGACACGGCUUCGGGUAUGGAAUAUUUGGAAGCUAAAAAGGUUGUUCAUCGUGAUUUGGCCGCUCGUAAUGUUCUAAUUUCCGAAGAUUGUGUGGCCAAAGUAUCCGAUUUUGGUUUGGCACGUGAAGAGUGCUAUAACUUAGAUGUUGGAAAAUUGCCAAUAAAAUGGACAGCGCCCGAGGCCUUGAAAAAUUGGCGAUUUUCCAAUAAAUCCGACAUGUGGAGUUUUGGUAUACUGUUGUGGGAGAUAUAUUCUUUUGGUCGUGUUCCUUAUCCUAGAAUUCCUUUAACCGAUGUGGUGAAACAUGUUGAAGUUGGUUACAAAAUGGAAGCACCUGAAGGCUGUCCUCCAGAAAUCUAUGAAAUGAUGAGACAAGCAUGGGACCUAAAUCCUGCCAAACGACCAACAUUUGCUGAACUUAAAGUGAAACUUUUACAUUUGAAAAAUAAUACAGCGUGAAAAUUUGGCAAUCAAACACAGCCACAAAAUAAAACAAAAAACACCACCACCUUUAAUAACCUUGCAUCAGCUGUUAACAUUUAAAUAUAAACUUGAUAAUUAAUAAAAACAAAAAAAAACUAAAUAUAAACGGGGGAUUCAACAACAACAAAUCCUCCCCAAAAAACAAAUAACAUCUAAAAACAACACCAUUUAUACCAUAAAGAAAUAUCCAAUGGAAAAAAGUGAAUGUAUUUACAAGUAACAUAUAAAACAAAAUAUUACAACAACAAAACACAAUAAUAAUUAUUCUUUAUAUACUACUAUUAAGAAGAUAAAAAUAACAUAAAAAAGCAUAAUUUAAUAUUAAGACGACAAAGUUAUGUAUAAAAAAAAAACAUAAAUUCGAGUAAUCAAUCAAUCAUAAAUAGACAACCUCCCCUAUACAAAAAAAACGUUUUUGUAAUGUUUUAUUAUAAACAUAAAAAGAAAAGAAAAGGCUACAUAAAAGAAACUACUUAACGCAACAAUAAUAAUCUUUUUUUUUUGUUUUGUUUGGUUUUUCUUUAAAUGACAAAAAAAAAACUUAACUCUAAACACACAAAUUUCCUCUAGUUUUAAGCUAUUAAAACAAAUUAUUAUAAUUAUUACUAUUACAAUUAUAAUUAUGUGUAUCAUGAGCGUUAUUUAUAAAUCCCAUUUUUUUGUUCUUUAUUGAGUAGCAACAUUUCUAAGCAGAUAAAAAGCCAGCCACACAAAUUUAUAAACCAAAUGGAAAACUUGUCCUUUAUCGUAGUGUACUACUGUCUCUUUGAUGCAUUGAAAUUAAUUGAACAUAUGGGUGGGUUGUUUGCUGAUGGCAACCCUAGUAAAAUUGCAUUGCAUGUUAUAUUAUAAGUGGCAACUACACAACCGGCUGAAGCUGUCAGUUGGCAAAAAAAAGAAUUUUUCGUCAAUCAGCUGAUUUUGAUUGCUGUGUAGUUUUUGAAACAAAUAUGCAAAUUAACAUUGAUUUUCCUUUUUGGUUAAUUAUAGGUAAACGCUGGCUUCAGGAAGGAUACAAUUACCACAAAACAAUUACAAUUACCAAUUUGAGAUUUUAAUCGACACAAUAGAACUAACCCCAAGUUAGAUGCAGUUUGGAAGGGAAUCACGGAAAAUGAAUGUCUCGUUUAUGGAUGGUAACAAUAGUUCACUUACUUUGUCAGUUGACAAAUUUGCAUUACGGAUGGCAACUUUCAACUGAAGUUGCUAAUGCCAGUUGCUAAAAAUGGGAUUUUCAGCAACCUUUGUUUUGUAGUUGCUCUGUUGUUUUUAUUAGUAAAAAUAAGCAGUGCAUUUAAAAGGAAAUUAAUAUUUUUUUUGUUUUCAAAUUGUUCAUUUGUUUGUUUAUUACAAAUAUGUUGGUGUACUUCACCAUGGUUAAAAUUUCCAGAAAUUAAAAAUUUUUGAUUUUAGAAAAAAUUGAGGCAAACCCAUUAUAUAUUCAUUUACAGGUAUUGGCAGUUGGCUAACAACAAAAUAUUAAGUGCACUAUCUGUCAAAAUUAGCGGUAUUCACAUAACUUAAGAGUUUCAUAGUAGGUUUAUUUGACAGUUCUAUAAAGAAAAUCCGUCAUCCUACUUUAAAGCUACUUUAUAUUUUGUAAAUAUGGGCAAAAAUGUUUAUUCAUGGUAUUUCACAAGCAUAGUUUGUGGUGGUUUAUUUAUUUUUUACACAUUUUUUUGCUGCGGGACUGCCAAAACACUAUUACCAACUUCAAUUGACAAAAGUUGCCAUACAUAGUAUACGUUUUUAUUUUUGUUGACUUCUCCGACAACCCCUCAACUCAACGUUGGUUGCUAUCCGUAAUCGACCCAUGAAACAUUUGUGGCCCGCCAGCAAAUAUUUCAUAAAAAUGAUAGAGAAUGUGGAUACAUUUUCAACAUUUUUUUUAAACAUUUUUUUUUGAGAUUCUUCCCCUCCGUUUGUGUUCAAACGUAUUAAUUUUAACAAAAAAAAAUUUUGCAGAAUGUAAUUCCAAUCAAUUACCCCUUUGUCGUUUCUUCAUCAUCAAAAAUUAAAAAAAAGUACAUAACAGUAUUUAUUUUCAAGUUUUUUUUUGCCUUCUAAGCCUAAUACUGGCUUCAUUCACUCCGAGAAUACCUAUUAAAUUAUUGUGAAAUCCGAAGGGCUCUUUUCUUGGUCAGAUCACAAAAAAAGUCAAACAACAACACACAACAAAGACAACUGUACUGAAGCAGAGUUAAUUCGGUCCAUUUCGUGAGCAUUUAAUUAUAUUGCAAUUAAAAUUGUGCGAAAUUUAUCCUGAUGCAGCGACAUGUCGCUACUAUUUUGCCCAUACAACUCAGUACCACUUGUACGGAAUGUGUUGGCAUUAUCUUCGUCAUCAUUUUUUUAAAGUGUGUUUUGACAGUUGUUCGUGUGAAAAGUCGAAGGCAGUACUAGGCUUAAGGGCGAAGAUCAUUCAGCGUCAUAGACGGACACGCCUAUGUCUACGGUGGCAUCCAUCUUAUACAAUUUGAAAAAUUGACUUAAUGAAUUCAAUCGUGCUCAAAGACGAAUUCGGUGAAGGCCGCCGAAAACGGCAAUAGUAGCAAAGAGCAUUGAUGCCGUGUGCGAAUGUUUUUGGGAACGUUCAUACGUCAAAACGUUCUAAGUACGAUUAUGCUGGAAAAUGUCAAACUUUCCAAUGGGAAUCUCAUAUUUCAACUGGCAACACUUAGCGGUGACUAGGCCAGAAAUAUAUACAGCAGCCCUCGUAUUCUGUAUAAAUGAACCCUUAGUCCUAUGUGUUCCGUAAUGAUAACGGAAGCUAUACUGAUCUUCUUACAUCAUUUCAGUAUUAGCCUCGUCUUCACACGAUCCCGAUUUCGCCAUAGGAAUUUCGUGAUCCAACCGACUGUUUCAUUGUACCGCAGUACUACAAGCGCGUUCGUCGCCCUGAAAAUUUUUGCAUUCACCAUGUUUACUGAUGACAGUCCUCUGGUGCCACUUUCGGCCAAUUCGUCUGUCCUUUGAUUUUUUCCUCAAUCCUCUGUGACACGGCAACCAAACGAUGCGAAUCGUGCCACCCUAAAAAAAGUCGUUAAUCUCCUUUUUUACACUCCAAGACCAUCCGUGAACUUUUUUGGGAACAUUCGUACGUCAAAAUGACAAGCUUUCCAAUACAAAUCUCAAUUUGCACCUGGCAACACUUAGCGUUGCCUAGGCCAGAAAUAUAUACAGCAGCCCUCGUAUUCUGCAUAAAUGAUCCCUGUAAUGAUAAUGGAAGCUAUACUGAUCUUCUUCUUACAUCCUUUCAGUAUUAGCCUCGUCUUUAAAUGAUCCCGAUUUCGCCAAAUUAGUUUCGUCGUUCAACCGACUGUUUCACUGCUCAAAAAAGGCAUUACUCUUCUUUUUACACUCUAUGACCAUCUGUGACCUCACCUUUCUGCAUUUUAUAAAAGGCUAUCUAUUGUCGCCAGCGUUACCGUUGAAAUAUUU